GCAGAAGGAUCACAGCAAGGGCCAGGGCGGCCUCCUAUAAAAAUCCCCCCUUUGCCCUCUCUCCCUAAUCUUGCUUUCUCGCCGUCGCCUCUCUCUUCAAGAAUCUAUAUUAUGGAAGAACCUGUCGAAAAUUUUGGUGAGGAAAAUUUUGGAGAGCAGCCAAAUUUUGAAGAGCAGCCAAAUUUUGAAGAGCAGCCAAAUUUUGGUGAACAGCCAAAUUUUGGUGAGCAAUCCAAAGAGGUUGAGAACACGGACGACCAGAAACAAGGAUAUGAUAAUAAUCUAGGAGCUGACGUUGUUGAGAAAAGGUGGCCUGGUUGGCCUGGAGAGAAUGUCUUCCGCAUACUAGUUCCUGCACAAAAAGUUGGUGGCAUUAUUGGUCGUAAGGGAGAAUCUAUAAAAAAAAUGUGUGAAGAAUCUGGAGCUCGUAUUAAGAUUCUUGAUGGUCCUCAAGGUGCACCCGAAAGAGCUGUAAUGGUCUCAGCGAAAGAGGAGGCAGAUUGUUAUCUUUCUCCUGCUAUGGACGGUCUGCUGAAAGUCCAUAAGCGUACACUCGACGGAUUGGAGAAGGACUCUGCCAUUGCUCCUCCUGGUAAUGCGAUACAUACAAGAUUGCUAGUACCAGCUACGCAAGCGGGAAGUCUGAUUGGGAAACAAGGAGCAACUAUAAAGUCAAUACAAGAAGGGUCAAGCUGCAUUGUUCGUAUUCUUGAUGAUCUGCCUCCUGUUGCUUUACAAGAUGACAGAGUUGUUGAGAUACAAGGAGAUCCGACAGGAGUGCAUAAAGCCGUUGAACUGAUCUCUUCCCAUUUAAGGAAGUUUCUUGUUGAUCGCAGUGUUAUACCGCUGUUUGAAAUGCAAAUGCAAAUGCCACAUCCACAUAUGGAGCAAAAUGUUCCACCACCUCAGCCAUGGGGUCCUCCUCAAGGCCCUGGCGGUCUUCCUGGCUAUGGCGGUAAUCCAGGCUAUGGCGGUAAUCCGGGCUAUGGCGGUAAUCCGGGCUAUGGCGGCAAUCCUGGUUAUGGAGGAAAUCCGGGUUAUGGGGGCAAUCCGGGUUAUGGAAAUCCACAUUUCAUGCCUCAAUCUCGUCCUCAAGAUAACUUUUAUCCUCCGCCUGAUGUUCCUCCUUUUGAGAAACCACCUCAUCAUGGCAUAUCUACAUACGGACGAGAAGCACCACCUAUGGGGGCCCCACCAUCAUCUAACCAACAACCACCACCGAUGGCCUCUCAGAUUACACAGCACAUGCAAAUUCCACUCUCCUAUGCUGAUGCUGUAAUUGGGAAUGCUGGUGCAAGCAUCAGCUAUAUUCGUCGAGCUAGUGGGGCAACCGUGACUAUACAGGAAACAAGGGGUGUUCCUGGAGAGAUGACCGUGGAGAUUACUGGGAGUGCUUCACAGGUUCAAACUGCUCAGCAAUUGAUACAGAACUUCAUGGCGGAAGCUGCAGGGUCAGGAGCAGCCCCAGUCACAGCAACAGCACAGAACCCAAUGGGGUCUGCUGACUGGCAACGUGAAGAUGUAGCAGAACUCAUUGGACAAGAAGUCCAUCCACAGCUUCAAGAAACUAAGGCAGAAGUUUGUACAUUAUUUUCUGGUAGAUACAAUGCCCUCCUCUCCUGCUACAAAUUAGACAGAGACCAGAAAGACUUGAGGGAGUAUUUUAAGAGAUUCCAAGCCAAGGUUAGGGAAGUGGAGGACCCUAACAACAUGGUCACCAUCGUUGUGAUCAUCGGGGGUCUCGAGGGCUAG